AUGGAUCCAUCAUUAUUUUCCGGCAAGACGUAUUUGGUGACGGGCGGAAAUCUAGGGAUUGGUCUCGCUGUUACCAAACAGUUGCUUGACUAUGGCGCUCAUAUUUAUGUCCUGGAUGUACCAGCUACUCCUUCUCCGGAGUUCACGAUCAUCGCCAAUGAUAAUUUAAAAUACACCUUCCCCGACGUCCGUAACAAAGCUGCAUGUCAGGCCACUAUCGAUUCGAUGCUUGAAAAGCAUGGUCAUCUGGAUGGAGUGGUGAAUAAUGCCGGAAUAUGUCCCCUGGAAGGAGAAAUGCCGAGUGACUCUAUGGUUGACACAGUGAUUGAUAUCAAUUUCAGAGGUGUAUGGAAUGUGGGAUCAGCUGCGUUAGAACAAAUGAAGAAGCAAGGAUUUGGCAGCAUUGUCAAUAUCGGCAGCCUGGCGUGGUUAGUUGGAGAGUCCCGUUUGCCUGCGUACUUUGCUACAAAACAUGCAGUUCUAGGCUUAACUCGAACGUGGGCUCUUUAUUUUGCUUCAUAUGAAGUACGGGUGAACUGCGUCGCACCAGGGCCUACCGAUACGGAUAUGGUUCGAAGCCCUUUGAAGACAGUGAUGGGACCAAAAUAUGGCCUGGACAAGACGGAAGAGGAACUGUUAGAAAUUUAUACCCAGACGAUUGCAAUGAAGCGAAUUGGAAGCCCCGUGGAGAUCGCCAAUACUAUAAAUUUCUUCCUCGGUGACUUGGCGAGCUUUGUUACAGGUCAAAUUUUGUGUGUCGGUGGGCUUUCCCCGCACUUCAAUGGAAUGGUUUAA